UUUAAACCAACCUAACCCAUAAUUCUGACAUUAGUUUUACUAUUUAUAUAUUUUUGUAUUAGUGUAUUAGAAAAUUAUGAAUAAAAAUAUAAGGUACAUUUAACAAUUUAAAGUUAUUUGAACAUGUCUGCAAAGUUAGAAAUCGAAUGGACUCAAAUAGCAAAUAAGUUUAUAACUUGGGGUUCGGAAAUAUGCCUUUAUGAAACAGAAUUUUUGAAAGACAAAACGAUACCUUGUAUGAAAAUAUCAAACAACUUAGCUGCCUUUCUCCUCACCACUAAUCCAAAUUAUCAUUAUAUAAAGUGCUUGGACAUUUAUCCAAAAUCUAACGAUAUUUUACUGGCAGUUGGUCAAGGAAAUGGCAAAGUUUCUCUUGUCACAUUUGGACCGUCACAAUUUGAUUCUCAGGGUUUGCCGGGAAAAGAAUUCGUACCUCGACAUCCUCGUCAGUGCAACACUGUCGCAUGGAAUCGUAUUGAUUCCAAUUUAGUAGCAGUUGGCUUAGAUAAAUAUCGAUCAGACCAUUCUGUUCUAUUAUGGGAUAUAGUAAAAUGUCCAUUUUCUCCGGACUCAAAUGGAGCCCUGAAACCUUCAGUUAGCUCUAUGACUACUAGUACAGAGGUUUCUAAACCAGUUGCUGAGUUUGGAAUGUCUGACAUGACCGCUAGUUUGGCAUGGUUUAAUACAAAUAGUAAAACUUUAGCUGUUGGGAUGAACUUGAAAAAUAUCAGAAUUGUUGACUUUAGAGACAGUGUUAAAGUUGUGACAUCUACCCCUACAAAAGCAGUUUUUGGUUUGUGUAUGGAGCCUAAUUUAGACAGACAUUUGGCAUCAUACUGUGACAAUCAGGUAUGCAUCUGGGAUGUUAGAAACUUUGAAAAGCCACUUGUUACUCUCACAUAUCCUAAGCCUACAUUAAAAAUUGGAUGGUGCCCGACAAGGCACAAUUUAUUAGCUUCAUUACAACGGGACAGUUCUCUCAUUAAUUUAUAUGACAUUCAACAAACAAUUGUAGGUAAUGAAGAAGUAGAACCAUCAAUUUUAGAGAGAGUUGUGAUACCAAAUUAUAGUCAAAACAUCACAUCGUUUUCUUGGCAUCCUACUGAAGAAAAUCGCCUUUUGUCUAUUACUUUAACAGGAACAAUAUCAGAUUACAUUGUAUAUGAUAGGAUAACAUUGAAUUGGGCACCGAACUCUAAUGUAGUAUGGACUUUUGGUCGAAAAACUAUGAAAAUAUUAAACGAAAAUAGUAGUUUGUAUGAUCCGCUCAAAGAUAUUUCUCACAAAAUUAAGCAGAGGGCUUUGGAUGGUUACGGACUUAAAGAGGAACUUUCUAAAAACGGAGACAUGGUAGAUGACGUUCUGAUAAAAAACGCAUGGAAAUGGCUACAACUUAGCGGAAAAUUAUCUGAUGAAGGUAUCUUGAGGGGUUACAAUUCAAGACAUCCUGGUGUCAGAACAGUCUUGAAAAUUGAUGGUGUUAAUGUUAAAUCCGAUACAAUAUCCAUAUCUUGGGCAGAUUUAGGAAAUAGUAGUUGUCACAGUUCCGCAAAAAUAUAUAGACAUGAAGAUCGAGAUAAAGCAUUAUACUUGUGUGGAUGGAAAUUUGAUAAAGAUAACACACUUUCAAAAUUAUUGGAUCGAUUAGAAAAAGAACAUGCGUUCUCUAGAGCUGCUGCAAUUGCAGUUUUCAAUCUUAAAAUUAAACAGGCUUUAGAGAUACUAAGUAGAGGGGCGGAAAGUAGUUUCGAACAUUCAAAUUUGAAUAUAGUGGCAAUGGCUCUAGCAGGAUUUUCAGAUGAUAAAAAUAGUGUAUGGAAGCAAAUCAGUGCAGGGACGAGAGCACAAAUAGGAGACCCAUAUUUAAGAGCCAUGUUUGCUUUUCUAACUGCUGAAAACUAUAAUUAUGAUGCUGUUUUGAAUGAAGACGGUAUGUUGGUAGAAGACAGGGUAGCUUUUGCGUGUACAUUUUUGUCAGAUGGAAAACUUUUGGACUAUUUAAAGGCAUUGGCUAUGGAACUUACAGAAGAAGGUAAUUUGGACGGUUUAUUACUUACAGGCAAUAAUAGUGAUGGUAUGCAAUUACUUCAACAAUAUUUAGAUGUAACAGGAGACAUUCAAACUACUGCCUUGAUAGUUGUGAAAGCCUUUCCUAUUGAAUCGUAUACGGAAAAGUCAAAAGAAUGGGUUACCAGUUAUCGUAAUCUCUUGGACGUUUGGCAAUUAUGGAAUGAAAGGGCACAUUUUGAUAUAAUGUUAAACAGCUACAAACCUACUGAGAAACCGCCACAACAAGUGUAUGUUUCGUGUAAUUUUUGUGGAAAAAGCAUAUCGGCUUAUAUGCAAGGGUUGAACAGAGGACGUGGUCCCUUUUCUCGAAUGGGUAGCACUGCAAAUAAGCUAAAGAUGUCUUCAUGCCCUAACUGUCGCAAACCAUUACCACGUUGUGCGAUAUGUUUAAUGCAUAUGGGAACGACGAUGGGGAAACAUAUAAAUGGCGAUGUUGAUUCCAACAAAUUAGUAGAAUUUUCUCAUUGGUUCACGUGGUGCCAGUCAUGCAGACAUGGAGGGCAUGCCUCUCACAUGAUCCACUGGUUUAGGAAUCAUUCCGAAUGUCCUGUAACCCCUUGUUCAUGUAAAUGCUUUGCUAUAGAUUCUUGGAGUAAUGAAGAUGUGUGAUUAAAUACAAUUAAGAAUCUAAAAAGUGUAAAAUAAGAAUCGUUAUGUAAGAGCAUUAAACAAGGUUCUAAAUAAUAUUUAAAAAGACUGGAAGUGAAUUUUUUGUUUCAUGUUU